UACACAAUGUUCAUUUGUAUGGCGGAAAUGCAACCUAUUGGCCAAUCAGUGCGCAUGUCAUUGAGAGGUCCGUUACCACGGCAACAUCACAACCGACGAACGCAGAUCACUAGGCCUGGAUUUGGAGAGGGGUGAGGCCUUAUGUUUACACUCAGAAGAUGUUGCAGUCCAGAAAGAUGGGUUUGGCUGAGGCCAGUGAAAUGCACCCAACUCAGAUUCUGGAACUACUGGACACAAGCAUGACAACCCAAAAGCUGCCCUUGGUGGAUGUGGAUCAGACACUUUUUCAGCCCUUCCCCCCUGAGUUGGUUUUCCAGAACUUCAUGGCUGCACAGUCUUACAAGUUGCAGUUGCAGCUGUUUAACAAUGACAAGGUGUCACGCCAUGUGAAGCUGGAGCAUCAGGGGUCACCUUAUUUCUUUGUUGAAGGUCCAAAGGAGGCAAGGAGUAAAGUUGCAGCAGGACUGUGUGUGACUUUUACGGUGUGCUUCACUCCACUGGAAAACAAGGACUACCACCAUAAACUGGUCUUUGUGACUGAAAGGGAGCAGUUUGAGGUGCCCAUCCGUGCCAUUGGACCAAGAGCCGGUCUGAACUUUCGCAAUGAGUUGCAUUUACCAGUGUGCUUUGUAAAAGCCUCCACACAGAAGACUCAGCUUGUACGCAACCUUGGAAACCGAAUAGGCAUCUUCAAGCUACAUACUCAGAGUCCUUUUUCAGUAACUCCCUCCUCCGGAACUCUUGACAUUGGCGAGGGCAUGCAAGUCACUGUGGCUUUUAAUCCGAUGACCAUAGGAGACCACCGUCAGGAUCUGCUGCUGCUAUAUGACACUGGUGAAGAUGUGCAUAUAACCCUGCACGGUUCCUGUGUGGAGUUGUCCCUCCAUCUUAUCCCUGAAUACCUUAAUUUGGAAAAGACAUAUAUGUCCUUGUCAAACACACACACCGUGUGCCUCACCAAUACUAGUGAUAUCACUCUUAAAUACCGGUGGACGACAUGGGCAAGUCAACAAGAAGAGAACAUGGAUAGUUCAGUGCUUGUUCAGUGCCAGUCUGAUUCCCCAGGCAUACAUCGGCCUCUCCCAUCCUUACUCUCGCUCUCACAAGGGUGCAUAACAGUGGAACCAGCGGUGGGAGAAAUAUGGCCAAACACCACAUCGCGUUUCAGCGUUGUCUUCAAGCCCAAGGAAGCCAAAAUAUAUCAACAAACUAUAUAUUGUGAUGUCACAGGCCAAAAAUCUCAUGUCCCCCUGACAAUCAAGGGUGAGGGUUUGGGACCUGAAGUGCAGAUUAACUGUAACUUAAUGGAUAUGAAAACCAUAUUCAUAGGUCAAACGGUGUCUUAUGAGGUGCAACUUCUCAACAAUGGGCUGAUUGAGGCACCUUUUACGCUAUUAAGUCCCAACUCUACUUUUGGUCAGUUUUUCUCAUUUACUCCCAAGGAAGGUGUUGUUUCUUCCGGGGCUUGUCAGAUUGUAAAAGUCACCUUCCAUUGUGACAUCUUGGGAGCUUUCGCUGAGGACUUACUUCUAAGUAUUAAAGGACAGCCUCAACCACUCACAAUGACUUUCAGGGGUUGUGUCAUUGGGCCCACAUUCCACUUCAAUGUUUCAAAGCUGAAUUUUGGAGAGGUGUCAUUUGGUUUCCCCCAAACAGAAACGUGUUCGCUCAUCAACAAAUCAUUUGUUCCUAUGACCUUUUCCCUGCGUGUUUUGGGAGAUGGGGUGGGAUCCACCAGUGUGACGAGUGACCAACAGGUGUGCGAGCUGUGCAGGAACAAUUGGCAAUGCACUUCUGAUAACGACCCCAGUGCAAGGCCUGUUGAGUUCACCGUCAUUCCUACGUCAGGUUCUGUGCGUGCCAUGUCAGAUGUCAGCAUUAAGGUGACAUUGUGCUCCAACACAGUCAAACAGUACAGGGUGGCCCUGGCGGUAGAUAUUGAGAAUGUUGGAAAAGAAGUCAUGGCUCUACCCAUUACUGCAAGGUGUAUUGUUCCUGAUAUAAUAGUGGAAACACCAUUAUUGGACUUUCAGAAGUGUUUCAUCAAUCACCCUUAUGAAAAAAAAGCACGCCUGACAAACCCUGGUUCUCUUCCUGUCUGCUAUGGAAUGUUGGAGCAGGAAUACGACGAGAGUCUUUCGAUGGUAUUUGGGAGUUCUUUAUCAAGGGGAGUGAUUCCUCCUCAAAGUUCAGCAGACCUUCCUGUGUAUAUGCUAGUAAAGUACAUGGGAAAGCAACAGCACACACUUUACAUCGCUUUGUUUGGCAGCAUCCACUCACCGCUGGAGGUUGACUUGUCGUGCAUUGGGUGUGGUCCGAUAAUUCACAUCCAGAGCCAACAACUGGAAUUCGGCAAAAUCCCUGUUCUGACAGACAUCGUUAAAAUAUUUUCCCUAUCCAACCAGUCACCUAUCUCAGCAUGCUUUACAGCCUGCAUGAGUCAGGGCAAGUCCUGUUGGUGUGUUGAACCCAACAAAGGGGAAGUGCCACCACAAGGCCAACUGGAUCUUAGAAUUGUAGCACAUCUGAAAGAUACACUCUCAUUCCAAGAAAAACUUGAAAUUUCUGUCCAAGGCGGUCAAACACACAUUGUUGCUCUCUCUGCAACAGGCACUGGCACCACAAUUGUCAGUGACAAACCCAUAUCCCCCAAUCUCGACCUUGGCACACACUUCAGCCAUGGUUCAUGCAAAUUCCAUUUCAAGCUGACCAACUGGGGUCAAAGAGUACAUCGGCUUUACUGGAAGUCUGAAUGCUCAUCUGGUCGGACGUUCCUGCCCUCCAUCUCAGCUUCAAAAAAAAAGGAUCCUGUUGCCAACGGAUCCUGGGCACCCUCAGUCGAAUAUAAACCAGUAUUCAGCAUGAGCCCAACACGUGUGGAACUCUUUCCGGGCGACUCAGUUGACAUGUUGCUGGAAGGAUCUUCAAAUUGCCCCAAAGUUGUGAGGGAGUAUCUUGUCUGCUGUGGAAUUGUAGGCCUCCAGGGCUUUAAGGAACAUAUUAUGUCUGUUGAUUUGACAUGCCAUUUUGUGACGCCUAUGCUCAAGAUGUCCUCCCAGAAGUUGAGUUACUACAUAGAAAAGCACCCAAGCGAGAGUCUUACGCCACUAUAUGAGGAGCUGGUUUUAAAGAAUGUUUCAUCUUUAUGUCUAUCCAUGGAACUCUUUCUUGCCACUCCUUUCUCACUGUGUGAGGCCCAGGGAGUCCACAAUACUGCUACCGCUAAGAAAAUGACUUUAAAUCAAGGGGAAGAGGCUCACUUGUGGAUUUGUUUUGAUCCAACUCACUACCAAGGUUCGUUGUCACAAGUUGUGGAUAAGGACCUAAAAAUGCACUACAUUGGACACCCACAAGAAGACAAGGUGGAGCUGCAUGCUGAAGUCCAUUUUCCCAACCUCCAUUUUUCCUCCACCACAGUAGAUUUUGGUAGUGUGCUUAACUCCACAGAAAAUCAGAGGGAGGUGACAAUGACAAACUGCUCUCCACUGGCUGUUGGUUACCAUUGGUCCUGUUUAGUGGAUCACGUACACUGUACCCUCAGGUCCUCUGCGCACUCUCCAGGUGCUCUCAGCCACAGACCUCUUUCCCAAAACCGAGAUGUGUCACAAUGCUCCGUAUGUGUGCAAGAGGUGUUUGAUGUAUUGCCAAUGUAUGGUCAUCUGCAACCUGGCGAGCAGCAGGUGGUGACAUUCAUUUUCCACGGCCAGGACUUUGUCAGUCGAGAGGUGAUAGCACAGUGCCAGGUGGAGCAUGGCCCUAUAUAUGACAUUAGACUAAAGGGAGAAGCAUCAGAGAUCAGCUUCAGCCUUGACUCAAUCACCGUUGACUUUGGUCUGCAGCGUUUUGAUCAAAUUGGGGAAUCGAGCGUAAUUCUAAGAAAUACUGGAAAAGUGGGAUUCAAAUUCAGUAUUGAAAGGCCUGAAAAGGAGAAUACUUCAGUGGAGCAGUCACAGUCAGAUGUAACUCCGGAAACAUCAUAUGAGCAGAAAGAAGAGAUCCAACCUGGGCAACCCAUGGUCAUCCCCCCAACAGGUUACAUUGAUGCUGGCUCACAGCAUUGCCUGUGUGUGCUCUACCUCCCUGGCAUCCCUACGAGGUUUGAGGAGCAGCUUCAACUGGUGGUGGCUCACUUACCACCACAAGUUAUCACGCUCAAAGGAGAGGGAGUAUUCCCACGGAUCUCCUUGAAUUUGCCUCGGACACUUGCAAAGGAAUCCCACAGUGAUGUGGCUGAGAGGGUCAGAACAGCCAUGGAAGCACAGGUUGCUCAUGUCCCUAAUCAUACAGAGUUGUUUUUUAUGGAGAUUGAGAACAUGCUGGUCACAGAAAAUGCUUUGGCCGUGAGCAAGAGCCUUGUGGAGCUUGGGAACAUUCAAGGUUCCACCAAAAAAUGGAACAAACUCAGCAAGUUCUGCCUUCCUGAGUUUGUUUUGGAUUUUGGUUAUGUUGUUCCAAGCCAAGUCCUGAAAAAAACUGUAAGAUUGACCAAUAACGGGUCAUUACCUGUGUCCUUCCACGCCAACAACAAAGUCACUGAUGGUUUCAGGGUAGAAUUUGGUAGCGUAAAAAACCUUUCUUGUGGUGAGUCAGAGUCUUUCACUGUGGAAUUUGAUCCUCGAAGAGGAAACCUGCCAAUGGGGAUCAGAAGUGCGGUCAUUCCAAUUCAGGUCAUAGGUGCCCCAUCAGUGCAGGUACGUCUGUGUGCUGUGGUGACCGUCCCGUCGAUCUCGGUUUCCACAGAAAUACUGCAGUUUGAAAAUGUGCGGUGUGGCAUGUGUAAGAUUCUGAUACUACAGCUACACAAUCAUGAAUCUGUGCCUUGCAAAUGGAGCAUAAUUGAAGACAUAAAGCCUGUGAAGAUUGAUAAGUUCCUGCCCCUCCACCAGCUGAGCAAGUUCCUGCAGCAGAACCGGCCACCACCUCUGAUGUUUGAGAUGACCCCUUCUUCCGGCAUGCUUACCCCCGGCGAGCGGGACAAUAUCCAAGUCAAGUUCAGUCCUAUUGAGGGGUGCUUUUACAAGAGACAUUUAAUCAUCCAUGUGACUGAGGGUGCGCAUCCAGUGGUGGUCACAGCCCAGGGACAGGGUGAAGACCCACAGCUGGUGUUCUGCCCACCAGAGCUAAACAUGGGACCUUGCUUACCAUUCAGUAUGGAGAUUGAAGCAGAGGUCACUGUCCAAAACCCCUGCUCUUUCCCCGUUGAGUUCUACUCUCUUGAGUUUGACACACAGUACCGUAAGGAAGAGGAGGUCCUUAAUCUAAUGGAUGCAUUUGACAUGAACGGUAUACUGCUGCUUCCUCUAAGACAAGCCGGGGAGAGUCUUCCAGUAGAACUUCUGGAGUAUUACAAAGAUCACUGCCCUCAUUUAAAAGACCAUGAUACAAACGUGUCUGUGAUGUGUCAGCAAAAAUUGAGGCAGCGCAAAAAGGGUUCACACAAAGCUGAACAGAUCCUUUCAGAUAUCUUCAAAGCAAGAGAAACUGGAACUCUGGGAACGCUACAGAUAAACCCCAUCUCUAGAGCUCUUGCCCGGCACUUUGAUAUUGACCUAUCACCCGAGGGUCUUGCUGCCCUGAACUGUAGAGGCAUUGCUAUUAUAGUCCAUGGAGCCCCUCUGACAGGUCAUGGCAGCAAAGCGGCCGCUCUGGGAAAUCACUAUGGAGCUGCAUCCCUAAAUGUGGAUGCUGUGUUCGCUAAUGCGCUGAGAAAUGGUACCUCUCUUGUUAGCUUGGCUGCAAGACAUCUGUUUAAACGUGCUGCUGCGGAACAUGCUAUGAGGAUGGAAGAGGCUGCUCAAAUAUCUGCAAACAUUGGUGUAUCAGGAACUGCUUCCUCUGGCUCACCUACUGAAGGCACAGAAGCACCGCUCAGCUCAGCUGCAGCGGAAGCUCCUUCAAAGCCCAUCGAGAGCAGCGUCUCUGAAUCCAAAACACCUCGGGAAAAAGGCGUCUCUGAACCCAAAACACCUCGGGAAAAAGGCGUCUCUGAAUCCAAAACACCUCGGGAAAAAGGCGGCACACGGCCUACAAACGCCCCACAAGCUAGCCUGACAAUCGAUAAGGACACACUCAGCAAUCUCUUGCCUGAACAGCUCCUGGUUGGUAUCCUAGCCGAGAGGUUUCAGUUAGCAGACUGUUACUGUGGCGUUGUAAUUUAUGGUCUUGAUUCGGUCUACACCAAGUCAGUGGCAUACUGUCUUCAAGUUGUUCUCAAGGCCAUUAAUAACCGUAAACACAUCUAUCUUGUCAACUUAUAUGACUCCUACAACGCCCUGAAAACUCGGAAAAAAGCACAAAGAAAGGCUGAGGAUGCCUUAUUGAAGGAAAAAGCUGAAAUGGAGGCAAGGUGGCUGCAAAACAUGGAUGAGGAGGAAUAUGAAGCUCUGCCACAGUCGGAGAAGGAGCUUAUUAUUGAACGACAGAAACAAAAGACACUCAAGUUUCUUGAGAAAAUCAAGAAAACACAGAAGGAUAAGAAGCAGCUUGAGGAAAUGAUGAAACUGAAACAAGAGGAGUUAAAAAAGAAGGGUAAAAAGCCUGGAGCUAAGGAAAGUAAACAAGCAGCAAGGAAGAAGGGUUCAAUGGAGAGUAAGCAGUCAAUGAGUGCAUCUGGUACCAGAAUGUCCUCUAAAGACUCACAUGACAAGAAAGACCAAGCUUCUUCCAAUGAAGCAAAUCAAAGUACUGACCCUAAGAAAGACGAUGCCAACCAACUCGAAAUACCUGGAGAGAGAGAAGAGCCAAAGGAAGAUAAGCUACACAGUCUGUUUAAUGUGUAUGAACGUAGCCAGAUCCAGGUGGAGCACAUUCUCCAACAUUGGGAUCGUGCCCAAAAGUUAUUGCGGGUUCCAAUUCCAGGUACAGAGCCCAUACCAGCUGCAGAUGAUGCCCCAACAGAGAAACAGGCUCAUUCAGGAAAGAAGAGCAAAAAAUCCACUAGCAAGAUUCCGUCUCCAUACAGUCACAUGGAACCAGCAAACAAAACAGACAAGACAAUAGAAAAACCAAUCGUCAUCCCUCACAUCAUUCUUAAACUCACUGGCAAAGAUUAUCCAGAUUUGCAUGACCUGCUCAAAAACAAAUCUCUUCCCCCACUUGAUGAGAUACUGGAUGAGUUAGGGUUGGGAUCAAGCACACUAACCAUCCCUCCUCCUAUUACAUUGUCACUGGUCCGUCUUCCCAAAAACAGGGAACACGCUAACAGACCGCUAAACUGCAAUUGCUUCACCUUUUUAAGUCGUCCUUCCACAGAUGAACAAGAUGAAAGGAAAGAGGAAGAUGAUGAUGAUGUACAAACAUCAAAGGUGCAUCGUGGUCGCAACAAAGCUAGUGCCAAACUGUCCGCACUUAAGGAUAAGGAUAAGAAGGGCAGAGAGAGUCAGAAGAGCGUGAAACGACCAGCACCCCUUCCCAAAGUCAAGGGCUUGGAGCAAUCCUUAAAUUCUUCUACACUUGACAUCCCUGACCAAGACCCUCUAAGUGCAAGCAUCGAGCAGAAACGCAGCCAGAGCCUAACAUCAUUUCGCUGGGUUGUACCUGCGAAUGGACAAGUGGUGUUAAAGAUAUGGUUUUACACCAGCUCCCCUGGGACAUUUGAACAGAUCUUUCACUUUGAACUUCUGGGGAAUCAGAAAGUCUACCAACUGCUCUGUAGAGGAAUUUGCACAUAUCCCUCAUUCUGCCAAGACUACAAGAUUCUUUUUCCCUAUUGUCAAGAGGUGCCAAAAUUCACCACAGGGCUUCAGAAGACCUAUGUUGUCAAUCCUGGAUUCUAUGACUUUGGUCCAUUACUUUGUAGCAAGACCAGAGACAGGUUCAAGGAUAAUCGGUAUUCAGAGAACACUGAGAGACUGGUGAUCAAAAAUAACUCAGGACUUGAGACUGAAGUUCAGUUUAAUUUCCAGAAUGACACUCAGGCCACCACAUAUAUGCUGGAUCCUCCGAUCAUGACCCUGCAACCUGACCAGGAACAGAAUUUGACAUUGUGGGCUUACCCAACGACUUCGGGUGAAGUCAAGGACAACAUUGUUUGCUGUGUCAGGGACAAUCCAGAGGUUUUCAUCAUUUCAUUGUGCUGCUUGGGAGUGCGACCAGAGCUGGAACUAGAAAGCAAGCGUCUGAAUUUCAACAGGGUUUUACUUCACAGACAGGAGAGUCGAAGUCUGAAGAUCCAUAACAGGACACCGCUGCCAAUAUCUUGGAGAUUGCAGGGCAUGGAGGAGCUCGGUGAUGAGUUUAGUUUGUCUCAAGAUCACAGUAUCAUCCCAGAACAAUCGUCCCUUCUUAUAACCAUGCAUUUCAUGGCCAAAAAACCCAACACUUACAAAAAGCAUUUACGCUUUGAGGUUUUAGAUGUAGAAAAUAUUUUAGGCAUCUUAUACACUGAAAAAAUACAGGUUUCUGCAGAAGCCUUUGAUAUAGCCAUGGACAUCACACCAGAUCACUGUCUGGACUUUGGAACUAUCAAAGUCUUUGAAGAGGUUGAGCGUACCAUCAAACUGAAAAACCAAGGAAAAUAUGAAUUUGCAUACAAGAUUUUUAUUGUGGAGAAAAACCUUGGCAAAACAGAUAUGAUCUCUGCUUUCAAGGUGUCCCCCUCAAGUGGUACCUUAUUGCCUCGCAAAAAGUAUACAUCGAUUCAGAUCCUUUGCAGUCCCCAGCAGGAAAUCUCAAUCAGAGACAAAACUGCCCUGUCCUGUCAGGUUAUUGAACCCAGCAUUGGGGAAGGAGGGCAUGUUGUUGCCAUUCUGCCCAUCAAUGUUUCAGUCCAUGCUGUCUUCUCCAGGUACACAAUCUCACCAAUGUCUGACCUUAAUUUUGGCCCUCUGUUUCUUGGCACGAGGAAAAGCCAAACAUUCAUUAUUGAGAACAAUGGCCUGUUUGAGUACCACUUCACGGUCAGUGCAGGUGUUGACGUUUGCCCACCAGCAAAGCCGAGCUGUUUGCCUCAAGUUAAGAGGACUACCCGUGAGAGCGGUUCAGAAAGAUCUCAUGCAACUGGGAGCAGAAUGAGGAGUGAGCAGAAAGAUGCAAGCGUCUCACAGAAUCGACUAAGCACGGGGGUGUUUGCAGUUUUCCCUUGCACAGGAAUCAUCCAACCUAGGAACCGGAUGGUGGUGACAGUUGAUUGUAUUGCUGAACAAGAAGGCAACUGGAGACAAAGUUUGCUUCUUGACAUAAGUGGCCGGAACCCAUCAGACCAACCAGAGGGCAUACCAUACAAACUGAUAGCUGAAGUCUGUCUUCCAGGCAUUGUGACAGACAUGGCUUCCAUCUUCGAAGAGCACCAUUUGUGUAAAAACAGCACUCAGAUCUCCUCAGAACAGUUUUUCAAAGCUGAACGAAUUUAUGUCCUGGAUGAGAAAAAGUUUAUUUUCAACAGAACUCUUUUGGGGCGAACUGCUCAAGCUCGUUUCAAACUCACCAACAAGAACAAAGUGCCUUUCACACUCAACUUGACAAUCAAAUAUUCUGGGAUGAAGAUGUCUAGCAAUGUAGACAUUUUUGAAUUGUCUACGCCAACACUGUUCGUUCCUGGGCAAUCACACGCAUUCGCUGUUGUAAGCUUCACACCGCAUACACUGCAGCUUUACAAUGCUUCGUUUGAAGCCACAUUCGAUAAAAGCAUCAGAAUGUCAACGAACGUAAAGGAGAAGGACAAUAAGGUCCUGGACUUUGAGCUAAUUGGUGAAGGCUGUCUGCCACUUGUAUCUGUUGUACAUCCGACCCUGUUAAACAACGAAUUGAAUCCAGUCUUGCGCUUCAGGCGGACAUUGGUAGGGCGGGCGAAUACCCAACCCUUGGUGCUGCUAAAUGAUGGCAUUGUGCCCGCUCAGGUUCUGAUUGAGAUGACAGAUAAACACAAUGUGUUAACUGUCAGAGAAGCUCCUGGUAACACUUGCGGUGCUAUCUACAUCACUCAAAUAGAGGACACAAUUGACUCAGAACGUCAGUUUGUACACAAAGCAAGCGUGACACUGGACGUUACAGAGCGGGUGGAAUUUGAGGUCACCUUCUCCUCUGACGAACCUCUGACUGUGGAAGACAAGAUUUCACUUCGAGUGGAGGGCAGUCAGUACAGCAAUGUGACUAUACAAGUUAUUGGAGAGGCUUACCAAGAUCUUAUCACUUUUGACAACAUCGGGGGGUUGGUGCAGGAAGUUUAUAAGAACGAUGAGGUGGAAGAUACUUAUGAAUUACUCAAUUAUGGGGACUGCAAUGUAGAUUGUCCUGUGCAAAAUAGUUUCACUAUGACCAACCACAGCAGAAACCAGGUUGUGAGGUUUGAGUGGCCUUCUGAUGACCCCAAUAUCACCAUUUCACCAGAGGUGGGACAUAUCCAUGCUGGCUGUUCCAAAGAAGUGACUGUCGUCUUCUGCUCCAAAGAGCCAGUGACACUGGUAAAACAACUAAUGGUCUGCAAGCUAUGUCAGUUGACAUUCCAGCAGCCACUUGAUCAGGUUCCAGACUGGGAUAGCCAAAAGAAAGCAUCGCAUGCUUCACGGACACAAACACAACAAACUGUAAAGCAUAAAAUGAUAAAACCACAUGUUGAACCAAGCUGUUCUGUAGUCAAAGGUUCAGACUGGGAGUUGGGUUUGCUUAUCAGUGUAGUUUGUGACUUUGUCAAGUUCAGCUGCAACUCAGAAACCAUCAAGUUCAAAGACACCAUGACUUACCAAACCAUCACUGAACAAGUUCAAAUAGUUAACGUUGGCAUUGUGAAACUGCAAUUUUCUUGGCAAAUCUCAAUGGAUCCCAGCAGCAUCCCAGUCAGGCAAAACCAAGAAGAUGAAACCCUCACCUCUCAGCCAAGCGGCAUAUCCUCAAGAGCCUUGACUGAAGAAAAGCCUGACAGCACUCUAGCCAGCGAGAUGUCUGUUUGGAUGCAAGACUCUCCUUUCACUGUGAAGCCAAAUAUUGGAGCCAUCUUGCCUGGUGCUACUCAGAGCUUCUGCAUUACAUUUUCACCAAAGGUUGCUGGCCAGUUCAAGGGCAUAUUGCUCUGCAGUAUCCCCAAUUUGCGAGAGGAAGAUGAUACACCUUGUAUCUCAAUCAGUGGCUGCAGCAAAUUACCAAAUUGUCACUUUGAUCUUGAAGAGUCUGACUACUUAAGUGGCAACCGGCGCAACUCUAAAUUCAGGAAUUAUUUGAACCCAAACAUCAGAGUGAUAGAACUCACUACCGUUGGUCUCUACACCCCAACAACACGAUGCUUUACUGUCUUGAACCCAAAUAGUGUACCCUACUCCUAUGAGUGGAGGUGUGAAGACACUGGUAACAGUCCAUUUAACUGCCUAACUCCACGUGGAACUAUUUUGCCUGGAGAGAAGUCAAAGGUGUGCUUUAAAUAUGUGGCUAGGCAGGUGGACGAUGUGGAGUCAUCAUGGAGCUUUGUGAUUAGGACCCUGUCACUAUCUGUUCCUUUUCUCUGUGUGGGCAUCAUGAGAGAACCUAUUGUCUACUUUGACAAGUCUCACAUUGACUUUGGAGAACAACUUGUUGGUAAUAAAGUGUCUCAAAAAGUGGAUCUCGUGAAUGGCGAGGAGGAACCUUUUCACUUCACUGUUUUGCAGCCAUCAUUGCUGUGUGAUGACCAGCAUUCUAGACUCAUUUUGAAGCCCACAAAUGGCACAGUGGAACCCAAAGACAGGCUGCCGUUGACAGUGUCCUUCAGUCCUUGUCAAAAGGGCUACGUGAGCUUCAAACUCACCCUGAGUGUGAAGAGAAAGUCACAGCUUCUCAUUCUUACAUGUAAGGCAGAUUGCAUUACAAUGACUGCUUCUGUUCAAGUAGAAAAUUCAGACGGAGGCCUCAGGGAGAUCAGUCCUGAUGUUAUAGAUACUUUGGACUUUGGAAAGGUGGGCAUUUUAGAGCAAGCUACUUUUAAUAUCCUGGUCUCCAAUACUGGAAAGUACAACAUGGAUGUGAACUUUGAACUGGAAGGGCCGGGUGAGCUGCUUCAACAUUUAGUGGCAAAACCGAAAAAUGCUACAAAAGCUGUUGGGGAGCAGCUGCAGUCUUCGGUCUUCUUUUCUCCUCGGAACACUUGCACCCUCAAAGAUGUCAGACUGACUAUCAAGGUCAAAAAUGGUCCAUCGUUUACCAUGGCUUUUGAAGGCAGUGGUGUCACACCAGACCUGGAAUUUUCUUUCAAAACAUACAACUUUGGAAAGCAUUUUCUGUUUUGUCCUGGCAUGACCCCAGCCUCCCAAAAUCUAGUGAUCACAAAUAAAAGCAACAGGAACAUCAGUGUCAAGUGCCAAUACAGAAAUACCGCUUUCCUGGAGAUUGACUUUAAAGCAGAUGUUUUGUCCCCUGGUGCUGUGGUGGAUGUUCCUAUCACCUUUUACCCUCGUGAGCCACGGUGUUACAACGAAAAGGUCACCUUCUUAUUAAACAGCUGUGUUAAAGAACAAGUGGACAUUUUGGGACAAGGCAUCAAACUACAGUUUGAGGUAUUGUCUCCAAAGUCCAAGAAGGUGAAACUUGGAACUCUGUCGGUGGGACAAAAAGUGACUAAACGUGUUCACCUGGCCAACCGCUGUAUAUUGGACAUUCCUUACACAUUGCAGAUUGACAAGUUGGACCCCAAAAAUCUGUCACUCAGUCCAGCAGGCCAGCAGUGCAUUGCAGCUAAUACCGGCUCAUGUAUUGUUGAGAUCCACUUUACACCCUGUACGGAUAUUCCUCCCUUUACUGCAGAGCUGCAGGCUGAUGUUAAAGGCUAUAUACUCCCCCUGCUGACCAUCCAGGGCUGCUGCAAGAUUGUGAAAGUGAAUCUGGAACAGGACCACCUUGGAUUUGGACCAAUUGUCCAGCACUGCCAGGCCAAAAAAAAAGUUCUCAUGGUAAACACAGGAGAACUUUGUGCCCGAUUCCACUGGAAAACUGCAGACUUUCCUCCAGAAUUGUCCAUCACGCCGACCAGAGGCUCUAUCCAACCUGGAAUGGGGGUCCCUGUAGAAUUGACGUUUGCUCCAAAGAGCUUGAAUAAUGACUCAAGAUAUGAAAACUUAUCUUGCUACAUCGAAGGCUCCUCUUCACCCAUUACCCUCACUGUGACCGGCACCUGUAUUGCAACCCCCUACAACAAAGAGCUGGUGAGUUUUGUUUGCCCAGUGCGUGGUUCUCAAACUCAGACACUGGUUGUGGUCAACCCCACAAACCAACGUUGCAACAUUCGACCUGUCAUCAAAGGCGAGUACUGGAGAGCUGCACCCUCUGUAGCUCUGGAGCCCCUCCAAAGCAGCAUAUAUGAGAUAACCUACACGCCACUGUGCAUGACUACUGACGGAAAGAAACACUUGGGGUCAGUAUUUUUCUCAUUUCCCAAUGGAUCUGGCAUGUGGUACUCGCUACAAGGAACUGCUGAGGCUCCUAAAGCAGAGAACACCAUUGUACACGAACUGCCUGCUAAGACCCAAUACACACAGAUACUCCCCGUGAUGAACUGGUUCUCAAAGCAGAAACGCUUCCUGGUUACACUAGAGUUCCUGAAACCUGACAAUCCAGAUUCUACAGUGUCCCUGAAGGGUCGUGAGUACAUUGAUGUCCCUGCUCUGUCCAAGAAGGACUAUAAGAUUCAUUUUUACACAUAUCGAGAGGGUCAAUUCAAUGCUAAGGUGACAUUUCUGAAUAAGGAGUCAGGGGAAUAUUUGUUCUACAUCAUUAACUUCAAAGUGACAACUCCGGUAGACUUGUACACCAUAGAACUGGUGACAAAUGUCCGCGAGAAGACUUCGGCCACUAUAGAAGUGCAGAACCCCCUAAACACGUCCAUCUGCCUCACCGUUGACUGUAAAUGCCCUGACAUCAGUGCUCCAAGCCAACACGUGGUGCCAGGGCUAUCAAAGGGUGCUCUGACCUUCGACUACCAGCCUUUGCGUGCAGGCGAAUCGACUUCUCGACUGUCACUAUUUUGCACCGAUCUAGGUUACUUUUAUUAUGGUCUUCUUCUUCGAGCUCUGCCUCAACCACCAGAGAAGGCUCCUCGCUUCAGUGCUGCUCUGGGCAGCAACCAUGUUAUUUCCAUCAAUUUCCUCAAUUACUCCCACUUUAAAACAGAAUUUGCUUGCAAGACUGACUGUCCGGCCUUCACGGUGGGCAAGAGUGUGACUGCCAGUAAUCAAACAGGCUCAAAUGUCAGUGUGGAAGUUACUUUUGAGCCAUAUCAACUGGGUGAGGUGAAAGGCCAACUCAACCUGUCCUCUGGAGUUGGUGGUGAAUACGUCUUCCUAUUACGUGGAAAUGGCUUGCCUCCCAAAACACAAGGCCCAUUCAACAUUAGGACCGGCAGAAGCGUCACAAUCCCCUUCAAGAAUGUGUUCCUGCUGACCACAACCUUCUCUUUUCAGGUGGACAACCCCUGUUUUUCUGUUAAAAAAGCAGACACUAUCCCUUCCAAAAAGAUCCAGAACAUCCAAGUGUCCUUUGCGGCUCCUGAAGGAGGCUCAUCAGGCCCAUGGAUUGGCAAAUUGACCAUUUCCAACCAGUGCUCAGAGGGACAAAGUCGGGACAGAGUCUCCUCAUGGGUAUAUUACUUGAAGGGGAAUCUGCUGGAGUCAUCCUAGACCUAUUAUCUAUGAUAAUCAUGUUUUCAGUUUAUAUUUCCACCAAUGCUUUACCUAAUAUAAUGUAUUUUAAUACAUGUAUUAGUUGUCAUAGUAGUGUAGUGUACACUUUUGUAAAAAAAAAAUGUUGGCAGACAGCAUGGCAUAGUAACAACCACAAGAGGGCACUCAUGUCUCUUAAUUCUUAAAUUACUGUUUUGUCUGUCACCAAAGUUCCAAUUUGUUACAUUUUAGUGGCCAUAUAAGUUGUAUUGCUGUAGCAAUAAAUAAUGUUAGUCCCACAUAUACAAAUAACAGGGUUCAGUAUCUUCUGCAAGGUUAUUUGGGUAGAGGAAAAGUUGUAGGGCAAGUCGGAAUCUAACAUGCAGUUGUCUAGUAUACUUUGAUUUAUGACACUAUUGUGUUUGAUCCGUUCACUGAUCUAAUGUACAGUGGCUGACAGGGAUAAUACAAAGUAACAACCAAAUGCUCCGAUGAUCCAAAACCAAACACAACACACUUAACACAUCUGGUGCAAAUUAGAAAAUGUUGCAUUUCUCAUUAAACUGCUAAAACUAAAAAGACAAACACUGCAAAUGCCCAAAACACAAAACAGUAAAACAACUACAUAAGAUAAAUAUUGCAAGUUCCUUAAACAACAUGUUUUACAUUUAAGAGCUAGGAUAUUCAACUAAAUUGUUUUGGGGGCCACAUUUCCAGAAAGGUAAAGACUGGGGAGCCCGACUUCUCCCGUUAACAUUUGUCUUAUUUUGUAUAUUCUGGAGAACCAGCGUCCAUUUGAUUUUAGUUGUUUUCAGUUAAGGAGCACGCAGCUGUUUUUAAAGACGUUCUGUAAGAAAACUUGUCAGAAAUCAUCUCUAUGACAGUAUUCUAGUGUUUUAAGAAUCUGCUGCAAAAUUGUGAGUUUUUUUAGCAGAACUCGCGGGCCAUCAGUUGAAUAGCCUAAAUGAUUAAAAAGAGAGGACCUAUAAUCGAACCUUGAGAAACACCACUGGUAUGAUUGAAGAAGUUGAACAACUGAGUACUGACUGCAUCUGAAGUAAACAAGCUACAGCAACACCUUAGUUACAUAUAUCACAUUACCAAAAAAAAUGACUUAAAGAGGUGCCUUUUUGCUGCAGAGAUGUUUGUCUUCAAAGAUUUGGACUGAACUCAGGGGCUGGAAUGAUGUCAUUCCCAGGCCAGAUUUGGCCCUUGGGCCAACAGUUGAGUACACCUGGUAUAGAGCAACAGUUGUUUUUUUUACGAUAAGUGUUUGUCAAAGGAAAUGUCAUCAAAUAUAUGAUUCUGCCAACUUAAUCAUAGGCAUCUUGCUCAUGACUCAGACAUCAUGUUUGGUGCCUGGUGGAAGCUUGGCUGGUUUCGGUUUUGUUUCCGUAAACUUGCAGCAUUUUUCUCAUGCAGUUUUUGUGUGUGUUUUUAAGUUAAAGUUAAAGUACCACUGAUAAUCACACACACACUAGGUGUGGUGAAGUUACCCUCUGCAUUUGUCCCAUCUCCUUGUUCCACACCCUGGGAGGUGAGGGGAGCAGUGAGCAGCAGCGGUGGCCGCGCUCGGGAAUCAUUUUGGUGAUUUAACCCCCAAUUCCAACCCUUGAUGCUGAGUGCCAAGCAGGGAGGCACUGGGUUUUAGCAUUUGCAGCAUUUCCGAGCGGGCACAAGACAUUGAUACGUCUCUGAAAACUGAUUUGGAAACAAUGUUGGAAAAUGUAAUGUUCUUUGUCCACCCCCCGGAUGACCGGUGCAAUGAAUGCCGAGUGGAUACGGUUAAUAUGUGUAUCGUCUAUUUUUUUUCUGACUUGUAAGGUCUUAUCAGUUAAGUUAAAGUUAAGGUCGGUAGUUCACACAUUCUUCACUCACGCUUCAAGUGAGAGAUGAGGCAAAAACUAACCCAGAUCCACUGUAUAUUCAUUCAUGUGUUACUGUCAUCUACAGGUAACACUUAUCAUUACAGAAAAUAGUUGUAUUGCUCGUUCUCUGUCACGUGACUUCUUCCAGGAAGUGAAACAGAGUGGUGGUCAACCGAUCCAAGAUGGCUGUUGUGCAGCAAGCAGUGCACAAACUCUUGAGUACGCAAGAGGCCUUUGAGCAAAAUUGUGCAAUAUAAUCUAUCUCUAUACUUUAUCAAAAUAAGAUGUCGAGUCAUAUCAGGGACGGCCUGGCGAAGUUGGUAGAGUGGCUGUGCCAGCAAUCGGAGUGUUGCUGGUUACUGGGGUUCAAUUCCCACCUUCUACCUUCCUAGUCACGUCCGUUGUGUCCUUGGGCAAGACACUUCACCCUUUGCCUCUGAUGGCUGCUGGUUAGCGCCUUGCAUGGCAGCUCCCGCCAUCAGUAUGUGAAUGGGUAAAUGUGGAAAUACUGUCAAAGCGCUUUGAGUACCUUGAAGGUAGAAAAGCGCUAUACAUUUAUUUAUAUCAAGGAUUAUUAGUCGGUGGAGUUACCAGAUAUAUAUCGAACUAUCUUGUGCUCAAACAUCAUUCUACACGACAAAACAGAUGAAAACUAGGGAAAAAAAGUAUGGAGGUCUACAACUUCUCUGUGUGUUGGGUGAAGGAAUUGGCAUCAAGACUCUCUCAGAUAAUAUGCAUCGUUUUUACUCAAGUAAGGUUGUAUUUCAUGAUUUAACUUGAACUUUCUACAGCCAUGUUUGCUUGCCUUGUUGUUGCACGCGCUGUUUACGAAUGCCGUGUUGUCUUCCGUCUUUAUCAAAAUAUAACUAUAGAUGUGAACAUUGUCUAUGUGCUAAAAGCUUCAUUUAUGAUUGCUGCCUUUGCUAAAAGCUAUUUUAGGUUUUGCUCACAUUUGCUUUCUUUUAUUUAGACUCGCCAAGUUGGUGCUUUUCAAAACACUGGUUGCAAAAAUGUAUUUCAAGAUAUACAAAUAUCAAAGUCAUACUUAAAAGGGAAAUAUUAAACAUUUAAAGUAUGUCAAACAAACCUUUAACGAAGUGCUUACUGCGAACUUGUGCGUUCUUCGACUCUGCUCCCUUGGACGGAGUGCGUGCCACCUUUCUCUGUGUCGUUUCGUAAAACCUUGCACUCUUCCUCCUUCUUUAUUACCUCUCGAGUAGGAACUCUGAAGAAACGUUUAUCCUUUUCGCGAUUUGAACGAUUCAUACAGCUGAAAACAAUGCAAUCAUAGGGCAUUUUUCUAUAUAAGAAAGGUUAAAUGGCGCCUACAACUCAGUCACUAGGUUUCCAUGCACUAAAUUAGUCCGAUUUCUCAAAAAAGUUAGGUUUUUUUUGUAUUUGCACACCUACGUGUGAAGUCGAAGUGUCAUUCACUUUCUCUAACGCGACAACUGGUCAUACGCCAUGUGCCUCCCGUUCACUGGAGAGCGCUUAUUUAAUUUUAGUGUGGUUAAAUUAAUUCCUUUUCCAGUUGACCUAUGACAUCACACUAACCAUCUGCAGAUCCUUACAACUUGUUUUAAGUGAUGUCCGCUGUAAUAUUGGCACAGAUUACAAAUAUUGCAUCUGUAAUGGCUAUAUUGAUGUCUGCUGUUCAGUAUCAAGAAAUUAUCUUGGAUUGCACUACAAACAUGACGCUACUACCAAGAAUGUAUUGGGGCGGAUGCAGGUCCGAUGCAAAGACAGACCGGCGGAAGAGUUUUUUCAAAGGAAUUUUCGAACGAAGAAUCAUGGAAACAUCUUUUGAAUGUCUCAGAAUUCAUUAAUAAGGCUCCGUGGAUUGAUGGAAGGAGUUUAAAUUCGAAGGAAAAUACUGUUUGUGCCACGGUCGAUACUGUUCCAGAUGAAGUUUGCUAUUGUUCUGGACUAUCUUGCUAGGUGUGCAGAAUACAGAGUUAUUGUUAAUCAGUUUGGAGUGCACAAAUGCAGCGUUUGCCUUUAAUGUACCUGCAUCAUUAUCUUUCAUCUCAUUCGUAUCUUGUUCGGGAGUCUGAAUAAAGCCGGCAUUUUACAUUUCCUUAGCUACCUUCUUAAAAAAAUCUCAGGUUUAUUUUUUAAUCUACCAUUGAUGCACUUCAAAAUGUUCUGUUUUAAUGUGUGCAGCAAAUAAAAAGUAUCCUCUUGCUACGAUUUGUUUGAAUGGUAUCUGCUUCCGGGUUGUUUCCCGUGUGUUGAGACUGGCGCAUGCGCAAUACCAAGGGUUUCCAAUCGCAUAAUUCUGGUAUAAUAGUGCGACUUUUCAAAAACCAAACACGAUCGUAUUGAUGUGUUUCCAUGGGUUGCAGGAGGCGUAUUUA